GUUCAAACGAGAUCUGCAACCCCCCACCCAUUCCAUCUUGCAUUACUCCUCGGCGCCGAUCCGUGUGUCGCCAACUCAUCGUCCAUCACGCACGCCAAGCGACCAGCCUGCGCAGAUAGCAUGGGCAACAAACAAGGGAAGUUGAAACGCCGCAGUGGUGACGACCGACCCAGCCUCGCGGGAUCUGCCACCGCCAGCGAGCGGAAGCGGUCGAUUUGGUCGAAAGCAACUGGGUCGUCGUCGCCACCUCCACCCCCGCCGCCGCCAUCGAUUAGCUCGGACACGCCACUGGCAGUGAGUAGCCCUUUUUCGCCUCAACACGAACCUCAACCAGAGUACCAGCCGCUAAAGUCGAUAUCGUCUCCCGCCUCCGAGACGCGCGACCUCGUCGAGCACACUCAUUUCAGCGCCAAAGAAGUGGACUCAAUUCGUGAAAAUGUGUUUUCGCUCUUGGGGUACACGCUGAGCCAGACAAGCUACGUCGAGAUCUCCAUAUCCAAGGAUGACUUCAUGAAGUUUCUUGGCGUUCCGUCCCAGUCGCUGUUCCCGAGUCGCCUCUUUGCCAUCUUCGCUGCAGGGCCCAAGAAAGACACGCUGACGUUCCCUGACCUUGUCCGCGGUCUCUCGAUCUUGAGUCAUAAAGCGACUCGCGACGAAAAAUUGCGCAUGGCAUUCCAGUUGCUCGACCCGAUGAAUUCGGGCUGCAUCACGCGUGACGCGACGGUCCGUGUGCUCAAAUCUUGCCUCGAGGAAUCCAAAGAAAUCGGCCUCACAGACGACCAAAUCAACAAACUGGUCGCGUCAACCUUCCAGGACGCCGAUCUCGACCGCGACGGCGUCAUCAACUUUGCCGAGUACCAGGCGUUGGAUGCGCGACACCCGGGCCUCCUCGAGUUUCUCACCGUCGACACGUCCGGCAUCCUGAGCAGCCUGGACAAGCAAAAGUCGUCGUUAUCCUUGUCCCAAUAAACCACACUCCUCCCCCCCUCCAUUGCAAACGUCGCCUUUAU